AUGUGCAGUUUGAGUCAAGCAGCCCCACAUUUUCUCUCCCGUUCCUUUCACUGCAUUUUCUAUGAAUACGUGUUCCUUAAUUUCCUCUCUCUUCAUAAUCCAAAAUCUAUAUAUAUAAGAAAAACACUCAACGAGUACAUUCUACAAUUACAAAAUAUAUACAACGUACGAACAAAUAAUAUUUCGAAUUCAAUUAAUCGAAAUUCAGAAGCUGAAACUUCAACAACGAUGAAUGAUUCGAGUAACUCAUGUUCUUCGAAUAGAACGGAACGUUCGGAUGAAGAAAAUAUUUUAUUAGUAUCAUCUAACAAGCCGAAGAAGCGAGCGGCCGGGAGGAAGAAGUUCAAGGAAACACGUCACCCGGUGUUUCGAGGAGUGAGAAAGAGGAACAACGACAAGUGGGUUUGCGAAAUUCGCGAACCCACUAAACAAAAGCAAAUAUGGCUAGGUACGUACCCAACCGCGGAAAUGGCUGCACGUGCUCAUGAUGUGGCUGCAUUAGCGCUUAAAGGAGAGUUAGCCACACUGAAUUUCGCGGACUCCGCUUGGCGUUUACCGGUUCCGGUAUCUAAGGACCCGAAAGAGCUCCGCCAAGCGGCUGCUAGAGCAGCUGAGGCGUUCGAACCGGUGAGGGAUGUAGCACCACAAGAGAAUAAUAAUGUUGUAGUAGAUUGUAAUAUGGUGGUUGAUGAAAAUGAUAAUAGUAACUCAUGUGGGAUAGAGGAAUGGGUUGCAAAUAUGGAAGAAGAAAGUUUGUUUUCACCAAAUCCAUGUUUAUUUGGGAGUCAUUUCAAUUGGGAUGAUCAUGUGGAAAGUGAUGUUGAGGUGUCCUUGUGGAAUUAUACUAUUUGAUCUCACAUGCAAUCUGGGGCGGAGCUACAAUGUAAUACGAGGUUAAAGUGGACCUAUGGUAAAUGGUUUAGUGGUUUGUUUGCGGCUUACAAAGUCGUUAUCU